AGAGCCUGGGGUUCAGUGGUGUGCAGUGUACACGUGCCCACCUCCUACAGCAGUGUCCACCUUCACAGGAAAGACAGUGACCUCACUCCACAUGGGGCUGUCCAAGAAAAGUGCAGGAUACCGAGGUGCACAGAUGAUAUUUCUGUACAAUGACAGAAUGCCAUGGGAAGAUAAAUGAGAAAUAUGCUGUGAACUUCUUUUUACCACCUCGAGAAAUGGUGUGGGAGUUCCUCUGAGGGCCAGAAGUGACCUUUUAGAGACUAUUAACCACUCAGCAGAGAGGACACGAGGGAAAAGCCCUGAGCGAGAGUGUUCUGAGCCGCCUGCACCAGAACACUAAAGCAAAACCUCUUCAGUUAUAAUUUAAAUAGCAUGCAGAUACCAUCCAGUUUGGAAGAGGAAAUUUGAAAGACACACCUCCCUGAGAAGGUAUAAAGGUAAGGAGGUGUGAGCCCACAGGACCUUUGACAAAGUCCUAACUAACCUCCUUAGGGUCUCUCUUGGGAGCAGUGGUAGGGAGAUAACACUCCCCCUUCUUGAAGGAGUGGGGCUUUAUGCUGGUGGCUGCUGGAAUCACCAGCACUUUAGGGGUAAAGUGUUGUCUCAUUACUUAGGAAUUGCAAUUCUGUCCUGACAUGGCAGACUGAGCUGACUUUGACGGCAUGACGAAGGACUAUAAAUUAAUCGAAUGAUUGAGGAAGUCCUUGGAGACUGUGCUACCCCUGUUCAUGCUGGUUGGCUGCAGCCAUGGUAACCUCUUACUCCAGACCAAAGUCCGGGCUCUGCUGAGCUUUAUGACCAGGCCCAGGGUUCAACGUCCAGCAGCACAACCUCCUUUGGGAGAGCGAGGUUUUCUAUUCCACAGCAAAUUAUUGGACUCCAUUUCUAACACUGGACUCCAAAUGAUAAGGUCCAUAAAUCUUAUAAGCAGAUCUUUAUUCUUUUACCCUACGGAAAUCAUCUCCCUGAAAAAUGCCGACAGCGCAGAAGACCUUGAUGUUCUUGUCUGGUUUUCUCACGAGCCUGGGGUCCGUCAUCGUAAUCUGCUCGAUGCUGGGGACCCAAGCAUGGAUCACCAGUACAGUUGGCAUCACAGACUCCAUCUCCAACGGCAGCGUCACCAUCACCUAUGGUCUUUUUCGUGGUAGGAGCACUCAAGAAAUUGAUCAAGGACUUACAGAACCAGACAAAGACUUUGAAGUUUUAGGGAUGUUGAACAAUUCUUCCCAAAAAACUCUGCAUUUGGUGGCCAUCCUGUUCCUGGUCCUCAGCUUGUCCACUUCGCUGCUGAGUUCGGGCUUUACCUUCUACAACAGCAUCAGCAACCCCUACCAGACGUUCCUGGGCCCGACAGGGGUAUACACCUGGAAUGGACUUGGCGCAUCCUUCAUUCUCCUGACCAUGCUGCUGUUUGUGGGGAACACACAGUCCAACCAUCUCUCCGGGGAACUGCUGGAGAAGCUCUACCCAACAGUCACUAGUGGAGGAACGACCCACAGCUACGGGUACUCAUUUUGGCUCAUCCUGCUGGUCAUUCUUCUCGAUAUCGUCACCGUGGUCAUCAUCAUUUUCUACCAGAAGGCCAGAUACCAGCAGAAGCAGGAGCAGAGAAAGCCCAUGGAGUAUGCUCCCAGGGACGGGAUUUUAUUCUGAAUUCGACUUGGGGUCACUUUGGCGUUGUGUCUGUUUGGUGGACGUCAGCUCCCCGAGCAGUGGCAGGCAAGCUUCUCUGGACAAUCAAUAUGGAAAGAUGACUGCCAUUUGUGAUUUUUCUGACUGCCAUUUGUGAUGACUUUUCUCUCCCCGGACACCGUGUUCUUCACAGAGACCGUUGCCUUGGAAGGGGUGGGGAAGAGGAGUGGGGAGGCCAUGUCUAGGCAGUGCUCCCUGCUGCGGAGGGUCAGGAGCCGGUGGCCUUCCCACCAUCUGAAACAGGAAAGGUCCCACACCUUCCCUCUGACUAGCCAGGAGCACUUUAGCACCUGUCACCUGCUGUCUGCAGGAGGGGGCAGGUAUUUUCAUUCUGCUCUAAGAAUAAAGACUUCCAGGUACAGAGA